AUGUUAUUUUGGAAUUAUCAUAAUGACAUUCUGAUCUUCUUAGUCAAUAUUUUAUCCUUUUCAUGCCUAUCUAUUCAUCAGUCAUAUUCAGAGAAAUGUUUCUGUUAUCUAAAUUCAACAACAUCUCCUGUGAAUACGACUCAUGACAGUAGCACAGACGAAAAAACCCUAAUCCACUGUUCACUAACUCCAUCCACAUUAAAUUAUUCUGAUGAAUAUCAUGUCAACGGUACAGCAUAUAAGAAUCUAUUGAUUCAACCAUGGGCAUUUUCAAAUUUAUUUAUCAAUAAUUUAAUCGAUACCCUACAAUUUGAUAUACACCUUAGUUCUAAUCAUCAAAUGAAUGCAUUAAAUCUAGCUGGUAUGGAUAGUUUAACAAAUCUCUUAGCAAGAACAAGUUUAAUCCAAUGGGAUAGUUGUAGUUUUUUAAGCUUGCCUAGUCUUUAUGAAGUCACACUAAAUUGUAAAGCGAAUUAUUCAGAAUAUUUAACUUUUGGUCCACUAAUCUCUGUUAUCCGAUUUGUUGAUUGCGAAGGGGUACCAUUACAAUUUUAUUGUAUUAAAUGCUUACAAGAUUCUAAUGUUAAUGUGAUACGUAUACGGCCUGGACCACCGUUACAACAGCAUUUAGUUAAAUUUACCAGAUUUUCACUAGGGAAUAUUGGUAAUAAUCAGAAUGUUAGUAAAACAAAUGUUCAUUAUUCAACAUUGGACACGUUGAAUCAUUUACCUCUUGACAGUUGUAUAUAUGAUAUAUGCUCUGAUGAUAUGCUGUGCAGGAAUAAUCUACCUUUACAACAAGCAAAAGCAAAAAUUGGUCAACCUGAAACACCUACUAUUGAAAUUAUAGCUAAUAUGCAGACGACAGUAAGCAUAAAUUCAAAUGAAGCGCAUUUUCAAAGCACACAAAUAAAUACUCCUAUCAGUACUGAAUCCCCGUCAAUGCAAGUGACACCAAUGAGUAGAAAUGCAACAUCAACCAAUGAGAUUUUAAUACUUACUAAAUAUGGUCAUAGUAAAACAAGUCAUCGACAAAAAAUAUGGAUUGUUUCAGCUAUCAUUAUAUUGAUUAUAUUAUUUAUUAUUACUUUAGGCAUUUUAAUAGUGAUCAAUUAUCAACGGAAAUUAAAACAUAAAGUUAAAAGUACAAGGUCAAAUAAAUCUUUAGCCAAUCAUCAUCAUCAUAAUACAGCAAAUGGGCGAACAAAAGCCACACUGGGACAACACGAUGCUCUUAUUCUUACUGAGGAUGGGAAUAGAAUUGAACUACCAGAAAUAGUAACAUGA